AUGGUCGGGUCAGUUGGUGCCACGCAGCUGGGUCUUUUCCUGCUGCAGAUCCUGUUAUCCUGUUAUGGGCUAGCCAGCGGACACCUCGCGCGUCCCCAGAGAUCCCUGUUCCCCGAGGCUCCGCUCGUGGAGCAUGUGGAGCACCUGCCUCCGUUGGGCUGGAACAGUGUGGGCGGCGGAUUCGGAGUGGGCGGUGGAGGAUUAGGCGGAUUCGGUGGAGGAUGGGGCUACAGUCCCGUUGGCCUCGGGCACAUGAGCAAGGAUGAGCUGCUGACCCUGCUGGAGGCCUGGAAGGAGGUGGAGCAGGAGCAGGAAUCGCCGGCUGCGACCACGACAGCGCCGCCAGCGGAGGAGACCAGCACCACACGGAGGCCGCUUCCUCCGCCGCCACCUCCUCCUCCUCCGCCACGCCCCAUUCCCAUACCCAUUUCGAUUCCCCAGCUUCCGCCCUCCGGAACUCCCAUCACCGUGCGACUCCCUGCAUUUGUGCCUAUUCGUUUGGCUGCAGUGUUUACUCCGCCUGCAGGAGGAGCAGGAGGAGGAUUAGGAGGAGGAGCUGCUCCCGAUGGAGGAGCAGAGGCUGGAGGAGAUGACAUGGCCACCGAUGAUGCGCCCGAUGACGACGCCUCUCCCCGUCUGUUUCGAUUUAUGCCCAUGCCAGGGCCAGUUCGUCCCAGGACCACCCAGUUCCAGCCCAGACAGCAGGCUGUGGUGAGGAACACCCUGGACAGCGUGGAUGUGGGCACUGCUCCGGUCAGGCAGCAGGUUAGGCCGGAAGUCAAGCCCAAAGCAGUAGCCCCUCCGUCUAUUCCCAAGGCUCCCAGCCACCCGGCUCCCUUCUUCCGACCCAGAUUCGGCAUGCCUCCGCAUCUGGCCAACGCCCGCUUUGAACUGGUGCCCUCCUCACAAAUCAUCGGCGACUGGCGGGAGUGAUCCUCA